GAUUCACAUGAACGAUCACUGAUGUUCAGUAUUAGACAGUGAGUAGUGGGAAACACCCUUUUGGUCUCUUAAGAGCGUUCUUUUAUGCUUCGGUACCUAAGGACACCACAUAAGUUCUUCACUUGAUCAGCAGCAUUUGCCUCUGUAAAGAAUUUCUCCAAUGGGUCUGCAUAAUUCACGCCCAAAGCUUCAUCCUGGAGAUAUUAUUGAGUUCCGUCGAAACAAGUAUUUCUCCCAGUUUGGAAUAUACUAUGGAGAAAGAGAUGGCGUCCCUUAUGUGGCGCAUUUAUCAUGCAGGGACUCUGAGACAAAGUUCCUCCUCUUUGGUCGGGCUUUGAAUGCCGCUGUGAAACUGGACCCGCUUGAUGUAGUUGGAAAAAAAUACAAAGUGAAUAAUUACCUGGAUGAAAAGCACCCACCUCGAGACUUUUACUCCCACAUCAAGUCAGAGAUCGAAGAAGCCAUGACUAAAACCUUCACCUACGACAUUCUGUUCCAUAACAGUGAACACCAGGCGACACUAUUGCGUUAUGGAAUCAAAAAGUCGGAGCAAAUUGACAAAGUCUACGCAAAAAUAGUUCAAACCUGGCGUGAACCAUUUGAGAAGAAGAAAUUUUGAGUCUCCACUUGGGGGCAGAAAAGGGACAUCUCGAUUGAAGCGUGGCAUGAAGCUCCAUGAUGCUGGAGAUGAGUGGAGACUCUGGUAUUAGGAAAAUAUAUGUCAUCUUUUUUAAAGAGUCUAAAAAAUGUAUGCAAUAUGAAAAGCAGUGCUUCAAAUUUAAUAUUUCAACUUUACAUGGAAUUGUAGUUUUCUUCCACGUCACAAGGUUACAGAGCUAUUAUUUUAAUUUUAUUAUUUUUUAUAUCAAAGUAAGCUAUCAUACACUCUGGCAUGACACUGAGUUAUUGCUUUUACAUGUUAAAUGUACACAAUACAUAAUUUCUACCCUCAGUACUGGAAACAUCCACUCUUUCAAAAAAUAUGUAACUUUCCAUAACUUCAAUACCCCUUAUUAUAUUUUCUUUUUAUGUCCUUAAAUUUAUUUAUGACUUUCCAUACGUUUUUUUAUGCAGAUAUUAAUAUAAGCUAUGUGUCCAGUAGAAUACAGCUUAAUAUUCUUUUGGAAUAAUGUAAUAUUUCUCCUGUGUUUAUAUAUAUAUAUAUAUAUAUAUAUAUAUAUAUAUAUAUAUAUAUAAAAUAAUUUUUUUUCCCUCCAGUUCAAAUCAGACAGAUGCUAUAAAUAUUUUAAUAUGGGCAAAAGAAAAAACUGUAAUGUUAUAAUAAUGCAGGAAAGAUUUUAUGUAUUUGAUCAAUGUACAUUAGGAAAGAUUUUUAGAAAGAGAAACAGAAUCUGCAAAUUGAUUAUGUCCUGAUUAAACUGUUGUUCAUCACUAACAAUCAAGAGUUUUGCUCUUGCACAUAACUGAGUAGCUGUUUUGGUGCGCUGUGCGUGUGUGGAACAAUGAUGAAACCACAUAGCAGGAGAUAUAAAACAAGAGAAGAAAUGUGCACUUCAGAUUGCUACUGAUUCUAACAUUCUUUCUCCCACAUUAAGUUUUUACAUUUUUAUUUUCAUUUAAACGCCAUUUAAAAAGUAAUGUCGGACAUUUGGCAAACCAGAGAACAAACCUAAAGGCUAAGGUCAAAGCAUUAUUUCAAAUAUGUAAAAUGUUUCUGAAACUAAUAAAGGUGUAAUUAAUCUA